CAGCCUACAAAGAGAAGAUGAAGGAACUUUCUAUGCUGUCUCUGAUCUGCUCUUGCUUCUACUCCCAGCCCCAUCCCAACACAAUCUACCAGUAUGAAGACAUGGAGGUAAAGCAGCUGAAUAAGAGGGCGUCAGGGCAGAGCUUCGAGGUGAUCCUGAAGUCUCCUUCAGACUUGUCCCCGGACAGUCCUCCUCUGGCCACCUCUCCCCGGAAGAAGGACAUCUCUCUGGAGGAACUGCAGAGGAGGCUGGAGGCUGCCGAGGAGAGGAGGAAGUCCCAGGAAGCUCAGGUGCUGAAAACAGCUUGCCGAGAAGCGGGAGCACGAGCGAGACGUCUUGCACCGGGCAAUAGAAGACAACAACAAUUUCAGCCGAAUGGCUGAGGAAAAACUCAACUACAAGAUGGAGCUCAGCAAGGAGAUCCGUGACGCACACCUGGCCGCUCUCAGGGAGCGCCUCCAUGAAAAGGAGCUGCUAUGCUGCUGAAGGCUCCGCAAGAACAAGGAGCAGCGAGAGGAAAUGUCUUGGAUAA